AUGCAGUUUGAUGAUUUUUAUGAGACAGUUGGUGUAUUUGGUCCAUAUCAAAAGAUCAAAUACUUUUUACUAUGUUGCACCAAUUUGCUUCCACCAAUUAUGGUCUAUGCUUGGACAUUCAUAGCUGCCACACCACCUUUCCAAUGCAAACUACCAUUACAUGAUUCCAUUUCAAACAAUUUUACAAAUCAACUAGUAUCUUCUUAUAUGCCAAGUGAAAUUCAAUGCCGCGAAAGUCAAAAAAGUAUUUCUUUAAAAGAAUGUCAACGAUGUUUUCAAGUUGUAAAUAAUAGUGAUUAUGAUGGUGGUAUCGGUGAAUUAAAUCCAUGCCGAAGUUUUUCUUUUGAUCGAACUUAUUAUCAAUCGACAAUCGUUGAAGAUUGGUCAAUGGUCUGUGAUCGAGUAUCAUUGAAGAGCACUGUUCAAAUCGUUUUUUUCGUCGGUUAUAUGGUGGGUUCACUUGUUUUUGGUGUACUUUCCGACAAAUUUGGAAGACGACUAAUCAUGGGUGUUUCAUUUGUACUGAUGUUUGUUGGUGGUAUUGUAUGUGCAUUGGCACCUGAAGAUCUAAUUGGUCAUGGAACAAGUUAUCCAUUUUUUGCAUUCGGUCGAUUUUUACUUGCUUGUGCAACACGUGGCAUUAGUAUUACUGGUUUUGUUAUGGGUUCGGAAAUAGUUGGCCCAAAACAACGUUUAUUUGCUGGUAUUGUCAUUAAAUAUUUCUUUGCACUGGGUGAACUAUUACUCUUGAGUUUUGCUUUAAACAUUCGAACAUGGCGAACACUGAACGCAGUACUUGCUGUUGUUCCUGUACCUUUUAUCUUUUUCUACUUUAUUUUACCUGAAAGUCCCCGAUGGCUAAUUUCUGAACAACGUUAUGAUGAAGCUGGAUCAAUUUUUCAUCACAUUGCUGAAAAGAAUAAAACACAUUUUGAUCCAAUACUUUAUCAACGUUUUGUCAGAGAAGAUAAAAAAAGAGUAGCUGCUAAUCAAAAUUUGAAUCAUGGAUGUAAAGCCUUAUUUCGUUCAAAAGUUAUGGGUAUCAUUGCUGUGAAUAUGUCAUAUCAAUGGUUUGUACAAAAUCUUGUCUUUUAUGGUAUUUCACAAAAUACUGGUUCAUGGUUACCAAAUCCAUACAUCGCGUUUGGAGCUAGUGCUGUUGUUGAAAUAUUAGCUUAUUGUGUUGUUCAUCUAGUACUUGAUCGAUGGGGUCGCAAAAUAACAUAUUGUUUGUUUGUAGUAGCACUUUCAUGCACGGCAUUGCUCGUCAUACCAAUUCAAAUUGUCUUUCCAAAAGAUAGCAAAAUAAAUAGUGCCCUCAAAUUUUUUUCAUCUGGUUCAUAUGUAAUUAUUUACAUAUAUGCUAAUGAAACAUUUCCAACACAAGGUCGCAAUACUGGAAUGGGAGUAUGCUCAAUGAUUGCUCGUCUUGGAGCAAUCAUUGGAACAUUUUCUAAUGAUCAUUUGACUCGAGCUUGGCAACAUUUUCCGAUUGUUGUCUAUGGAGUUACUUCUUUAUUUGCCAUGCUGCUCGCCACAGUUUUUCCCGAAACACUCAAUCAACCAUUGCCACAAACGAUCGAAGACGUCGAACGAAUGGGACUUGCUUGGUAA